UUUUAAUGAGUAUAUUUUUUACUCAGGCUGUUUCCCUCCUUUUACUCUUCUCUGCACACUUUCUGUCACACUUGGUCCUCUUUUUGCUGCACAAAUUGUUGCAUAUCCUGCACUGUUAUCAUUAUUUUAUCGGCGUUUCAUUGGUACUCUAAAAAGCAGACCUGAAAGAGCCAUGUACAUCAUAGGCCAUGUGAAGAAGAGCAACCAAGAAAGAAAGAAGCCCACAAAAAAUAGAAUGCACUCUUUCCAAUUGCUGCGCUGUGAUUUUGCAGAAGCAAGAUGAAUCUAACUGAGAUUAGGGAAAUUGCAAUUUAUUGUGAUUCAGUACAUACAGAUUUGACUAUGCAGAAGCAGCUGUGCAGAAAAUCAAAGUAGGACUUAACUAGUACAAAAAAUAGAUAGGACUUGGGAAUUAGGCUCCCAGGCUUCUGUUUUUAGGUAUCCGAUUCCCCAUCAUGUCAUGAAGCGCUGAUCUCAGAGCUUUUGGAGGUCACCCACAAGUGAUUUUUUUUUGUUCUUGUUUUCAGGGUAUUAGGCUUCCCUUCACAGUAAUGAAGAACUGAUUUGAGACCUUUUGGUCGAUACCCAAUAGCUGAAAACAUGGAGAAGUCUAAGGAUGGGAAGAGAAGGUCCAUGUCAUCAGCAUCUUCCGGGCACCAUCAUCAGGAUUGGAGCUGUAAUAUGGCGAAGCCACUCAGAUUCAAUAAAUGUGGGUUCAGUGUGUUCUCCAAGAUGUCCAGUAAGAGGUUUUUGGAGGAGGGUAUUCCAGUUUACUUAAAUGUCUAUGAUCUUACACCCAUGAAUGGGUAUGUUUAUUGGGCUGGACUAGGAAUUUUCCAUUCAGGAGUUGAAGUACAUGGGGUUGAGUAUGCAUUUGGGGCACACGAUUAUCCUACAAGUGGUGUUUUUGAGGUGGAGCCUCGUCAGUGCCCAGGAUUUACAUUUCGUAAAUCAGUAUAUAUUGGGUCUACAACUCUCAAUCGUUCUGAGCUUAGAGAAUUCAUGGAGCAGCAUGCUGGAAACUACAAUGGAGAUACAUAUCACCUCAUUGCCAAGAACUGUAAUCAUUUCUGUAAUGAUAUCUGUUUGAAGCUGACUGGAAAAUCUAUCCCAGGCUGGGUUAACCGGCUUGCAAAGAUUGGUUCACUCUGCAACUGUUUGCUUCCAGAGGGUCUUCAUGUAUCUGCUGUUCGACAUGAGCCUGAUUAUCAAGCAUAUGAAGGAGAGAAAAAGAGAUUAAGAAGUUCUUUUUGUAGGUUUUCUGGUAGUCUUGCUGCAAUGAGUACAAGACAGAGGCCUCUUUCAGUUUCUUCUGUGUUCUUAACCUCUCCAAUGAGAGGAAGUGUGCUGCCAUGGGAAUUGAAAGGUUCAGUUAAGGAAAGUGAACCAGUCCCGUGGAUUCCUUCCAUUUUUCAAGCUUGGGGAAUCUGUGAAUUGACUAAUACUUGAACAAAGUGCAGCAAUAAAAAGUUGCUUUGAAAUCUAUUGUCGUGAAGGAAUUCAAGUUGAUGCUUUAGUUGACCCAAGUACUUUCAGAAUCAUACGUUAUGGGUGAGGCUAACCCUGCCAUCAUAGCAUAUGCUUUGGAACGUCGAGUUCAAUUUUGCCACAUACAUUUCAACAUUUGUCGAUAUUUUUUAAGGGGGUUUGAAACAUACAGUUUGUUUAUUCCUCAUUAUAUAUUCAAUGUGUGCAAAGGCAAGUCAUGCAAACAUUCAGUUUGCUUUUGUGAUAAUUUGGCUGAAAGCAUAUGCCAAUAUUGUUAGGGAUUGAAACUGAUUCAGUUGAAGCCAUACAGCCCGAGGGUUCUGUUGGAUUGAAUUUAAUCUUGAUCAGACAGUUUGUAUAUUACUCCCUCUCUUGCAGAGUGGGAGGGAUGACUAAUUGGCUGUAUAUGUUCAGAUGUUUGAUAAUUGAUAUGGGUUUUUUACGGUUCAAAAUUGGUGCAUAAACCUGUCAAGUUACUCAGGGUGCUGGCAAAAAAAUCUACAAUCCAGUACUAUUAUUAAUUAUGAUUGCUAUUCAGAUA